AUGAAGCUCAAACAGAGCCACAGCAGCGAUGACACUGCGUCUCUUCAUGUGUACGACUUUGGUGGAAGCCGGGCCUAUCACGUGAUCCACACGCUCAUGAUGUCGGAUCGCUUCGCUGCGUUUGUCGUCUGCGUCGACCUCUCCCAACCAGAAGAGCACGUGAAGGAGCGCGCCAACUACUGGCUGCAGUUCAUCUGCACGCGACUGAAGCAGGGCAUUGCGGCUGCCACAGCAACAGCAGGCGACGACGAGACAGAAGACACGAAGCCGCGCGUCGUGAUCGUGGGCACCAAGAGGGAUCUUGCCCGAAAGAUUGGGCUUGUUGAAGCAUUUUGGCAGCCCACUUGGAGCGCAGCGAUGGUCGCACACCUCAAAAGAACGUAUGGCAGCAUCGUUGACAUCCAAGACAGCCUCAUCUCCCUCAACUGUCAUGGGCGUGGUGAUGUCAGUUUCAACACGCUUCGCGCGCGCCUUGUGCGAAACUGGCGGUGGAUGAAAGGGCAAGAGGUUCUCGUCCCCAGAGUUGUGGAUCGGCUUGCGACAGCCCUCCAGUCAGCCAGGAAUGAGAAGCCAGCGUGGGUCAUCGAUUCGCUCUUUCAGUUUGUCCGAACCCACACGCCUGGACUCGACUUGACCUCCUUUGACAUGACAAUGUUUUCUUCUGCGCUGAGGUACUUCCACACACGUGGCGAUCUGCUCUGGUAUUCCAACACCCCAUCCUUGGCGGAUUUCGUCUUUGUUGACCCCAACUGGCUGCUUCAUGACGUGCUGGGGAGAGCGCUGACGCCGGAUGGCGUGCAGCAAGGCUCGAUCACAAAAAAAGGCGUCUUGACCUUCACGGACCUGGAAACCGCAUUUGAUGGCAUCGCCGACGCAGAUCUCGUCAUCAACGUGCUGCAGCACAUGCUCCUCUGCUUCGAGCUGCCGCCUUCGAACUAUGGCCAACAGCGAUUCAUGCUACCGAGCCGUGUUGAGGAGGAGGUCGAUCUUGCGACCGCCUGGCCUCAAGCUGGUUUCUGGCCUCUCUAUGCCGGACGACUGCUGGUGGUCGAGAGCAAGGCACUUGCGCUGCCACCUGGCUUCUUCCCGCACGUGCAGACACUGCUGCACAAUUCGUUUGGCACAACCCUUAGGGUGUGGAAGGAUGCCUUCUUCUGUGAACACGAUGGCGUGCAGUGCCUCGGACUGCUGCGUGGCGAUCGACAAGUCGACGUGUGGGUGCGCGCGCCUUCUGGCGCAGAGCACAAGGCCCUGCCAUUCAUGACAAAGGUGCUGUCGGUGCUGCAAGAGGAAGCAACAGGGAUUGACCACGUCCACCUCGUCCUCAGCACGAAACACCUGAAGCGCCACGAAAAGUACCCAGCUGCGCACAAGCUUGAGGAUCUGACAGGCAAGGACCCAGACGAGCUCGUCACAUCCACGCACCACAGGGAAAGCCAGACCCCAGUGUCCGACCGCGUUGGCGAUCUGUUGCUGCGGGCGCCCGCGCAACGACCACCCGUCAUGCCGUCUUGGCAGUUGCGCGACCACGAGUGGCACCACCCUGCUUGGCGGCUUGAUGACACCUUUGAUGAGCAGCUCCCGUGGAGCGGACCGAGCUCGCAUGGCGUGUAUUCGGCACCCUUGCCACCAAACACCGACCUCUAUCGAUGGAUUGAGAGUCAGAUGGCGCCGGGCCUCACCCUGUCGCGCGUGGAGAUGAUCAAGUCCACCAUGAUGCUGCGGGCGUUCAAAGCGCAGGUGGAGCGGUCGGCAACGCGCCGUGGCGAUCCAGACCCUACCAACACCGUUGCUGCAGACCCUGAAAACCCUUUCAACAAGGACUUUGGGGCUGGCGAUCCGGAGAAACAAGCCAUGCUCGAUCGGCUCAAGACGCAGUUUGCAGAAACACCCGACAGCGUGAACCACGUCAAUGUGCUGAUUGGUUUCCACGGCUGUGACGAGGCUGUCACCGACGACAUCACCGCCGCGGGCACCGCCAACCUCAGUAACCCGAACGACCCUGGCUUCUUUGGUGCUGGCAUCUACCUCACGCCGCAGGCCAAUUACGCGGCUGGCUACUCGACACGCCUGCUGACUGGAAACUGGCGCGCACCCAACGCAGAUGGCGAGCACGUAAUGCUCCUGUGCGCUGCCAGCGUCGGCCUCGCAUACCCGAUCACCAGGAGUAAGGACUACCCAUCGUCUGGGGAAAACAAGUGCAAGAAGUUCUGGGGCAAGAAGCUGAAGAACGGCUGCGACACCCAUUAUGCUCAAGUGACGAAACGCAUGAGCUAUCAAUCCACCGACACGCCUGCCACCUUUGACUUCGAGGAGUAUGUGGUCUCACAAGAGGCGCAGGUUUUGCCAUUCGCCAAGGUGUUUGUCAAGGUGGACAAAACAGCACUCGCAGCGCAACUCUAGCCACAUGUGUGCGCGUGUGUAUGUGUGUGUGUGUGUGCCUGUCUGUGUGUCUGUCUGUCUGUCCGCCCGUCUGUCUGUUCAUCUGCCCGUCCGCCCGUCUAUCUGUCCAUCCUCCGUCUGUCUGUCGACCUGCCCGUCUUUUCCUUUCCUUACACCGUUCCCCCCUCCUUUGUUGUGUGGUGACACCGUUGCCCUUUGUGUUUCAGGGCCUUUCACAUUGGCACUUUGCUCUUCUGUUCGUAGCAUCGUUCUUUGAGACUCUUACUCCUUCACCCAAACCCUGCGCCACUUCACAACACCCCUCUUCUUCGUGCCACCGAUGCUGCUUCCCUUCAUUUGCCGAAUACACAAGCACAAAACC